GUUUCCCAAGAAGAAGAAAGUCGAAGACGAUCAUGGACUCACCACUACUACAACCACUCAGACCAGCCGGGAAACGACGGAGGCGAAUCAACCAAGCGAACCAGGACACCAUCAGAUGCUUCAUUUGUCAAGAAAAGUUUGCGAAAUAUACUUGCCCGAGUUGUAACCUCAGGUACUGCAGUGUUGACUGCUUCAAAUCCCAAUCCCACUCAGCCUGUUCCGAAUCUUUUUACAAAAACGCAUUGUUGGAAGAUUUUCAGCUUGAAGAUGGAUCGUCCAACGGUCGGCCUCAAUCUUCUCAAGCAACGGCGAUGCUCGAGAUCUUGAGGAAAAUCGAAUCCGGCCAACCGGUCUCGGACGAGGAUGAGGAUAGCACUGAUGCUGGAUCUGUCGAGCUCACCGAAGAACAACUGAACAGACUUUCAAAGGACGAACUAUUGGGGUUUUUGACGCAAGACCAGAUCGCGGAAUUCGAUCGGAAAGUGGCCACUGGCGAGCUCGACCCCGCCUUCAUCCAAGCCACCAUCAACGCUCAAUGCGAGGAUCCGUGGUGGAUCGAGCGGCAAACAGCGCUCCCAGAAUCCAAUCCACCGUCCUCCAAAAUCCAUCUCGUCCAUCAGUCACUCUUGCCUGCUUUACCCGAUCGACUCAAUCCGCACUUGUUUUAUCAUCUCUUCUCCUUGACGCUUGGAUACGUGUCUCUACUCCGCUAUUAUGGACUCCGAAGCCUCUGCGAAGCGAAGGACGAAGAUCGUGCCGCUCUCCCGCCCGACGUGCCUCAUUUUUUCCCGAUAUUAUUCCAGACCGAGUUGCGACUGGAGUCGAUUGCGGAAUGUUUCGGUGAAUAUCUGAAGAACCUGCCGAGGAUGGAGGCCGAGUCGAUCCGGUUCUUACUCCAAGAUCUGAGAUCCUUAUUCCCCGCUUCUCCCUCGAAAUCCAAGAACAAGUUGAUCAUUGAAAUGGAGGCGUCGGACAAGGAAGAAACGGCCCCCAAGAACAACUCGCCUCGGUGUGCCUUGGCGCUCUCGGAUCUAUACCAUUUCUUGAACACCCAUCAUGAUUGGCGAAACAUUUACAUGAACGUCAGCCGGACAUCCGUCCUCAAGAAGCUGCUCUUCUUCAUCUCCUUUUCGAUGGAGCCCAGCCGGCUCGAACGAUUUCCUCAAGAAGUCGACCAGGAUCACGAUCUCCUCGACUCUGAUCUCAAAUCAGACGUCAAUACUCAGCUGCUUCCAAAUCAGCCCCCGUUCUCUAAUCUCUUGCUUUCGAACAAUACUCACCCCUCAGAUCUUGCUCCCAAACCACCUAAAAUCAUCGAAACUUCAACGACUGAUGACACAGUAUGACCAACACCUUUUUUUUUUUGGUGGGCGUUCAACUGCGCAUGCUUCUUCUGCUGUUUUUGUUUUUCGCCAACGUAAUGAUUGUAAACUUGUACUUAUUUUUAACGAAAAAAAAAAGUCUUUUUGUGGUUUUUAAGUCCAGCUGCUGAAUUGAAUCGUUCUCGCGUUCAUCUGUGUCAUCAAGAACUACCCCUCCAAAAAUCCCAUUGGGUUGCGGUAGCCUUAUGCUUCGGCUUACAUUCUCAGUUUACCGCUUAUGCCGAAGUGAUUCCGGACCAUUGAGACGGAGGCACAAGAGAAGAUAAAGGUUUUCAAUGAUGGUAUCGUAGAUUACUAAACCUAAUCUGCUCAACCAAGACUUGACGAG